AUGAUGAUGAAGACGAUGAAGAACAAACAGAAGAAGAAGAAGAAGAAGAAGAAGAAGAAGAAGAAGAAGAAGAAGAAGCAGCAGAAGCAGCAGAAGCAGAAGAAGAAGUGGAAAAAGAAGUGGAAAAAGAACAAGGACAAGACAACGGCACUUCUAAUCGAUCCGAGUACCUUUGAAUACUUCGUACACACGUCUGUCGCUCGAUAUUACUUGGGAAUAUGCACAUAUCAAGGACAAAAUUGUACUCUGUAA